ACUUUUAUCAUUACUCAAACUCAACGGCCAAACUCGUGCCUUUCUAUGUGCCUUUCGUAAAUUCGUACACUUUCGUGCUUUCACAGAUGCUUUCUCAGUUUAAACCUCCAGAAAGUGUAAAGUUAUAAAUUUUCCUUCAUCACUGGAAGUAGCCAAGUCACUUCCAUGAUGAGCAGCGACGAAGAAAGCCCCAGUUUAUCUGCGUUAAUCAGUGGAAAGAAAGCACUUCUUAGAGAAAUCAUAACCCUGAGUAAAGAAAAGGACAAAACCAAGCAAACUUUGAAAACAAUUAAUUUGGAGUCUUUGGCAGAUGGAGGCGCAAAGUUAAAGGUUCGCUAUGCUGACCAGAAGAAAGAAAUUGCAAUUGCAACCAGUCGCUUGAAUAAAAUUAGUCUUCAAAUUAAGGAAUUUGAAGCAAAACAAGAGCAGCCAAGAAAAAAAAAAUCUCCUGCAGUAGUAGAAGAAACUUCAGAUUCCAGUGCAUCGAGUGUUGAGUCCGACAAAGAAAACAAAAAUGGACGCUCAACUUCUAAAAACAAAUCCGACCCUCAAAAAACUCAUAAUGAUGAUUCCUCUCUGUUGAUAGUACGUAGCAAAUCGAAGGUAGCACAUAUUUCGUCUGAUGAAAGUGACCUUAUCUCUGAAGAUGAUGCUGAUGAAUCCCCCAAAACAGCUCAGCGCAGAUCAGAAGGAGAUCGAAAAGUACCGGAUCUUUUUUCAGACGAUGAAAGUGAUGCUGAUGAGGAUGAAAUAGAUCCUGAGGAAGAUGGAAAUGAUGUCGAGGAAGUCGAAGAUGAUGGAACUGAGGACGAAAGCACUGCAGAUGAGGAUGGAAGCACCAUUGAAGAAGUUGAAGAUGAUGAGAUUCCUUCACAGACAGCUCAGCGCAAAUUGGCUGAAUCCUACAGAGCGCCCGAGUCUCAUUACAUAUCUGAGGAUGAUGAUGAUGAUUCUUCUUCGUUCCCAGCUCCACGCAACAUUGGUAACGUCAACCUAAUUUCUGAUGAUGACGAUGAUGACCUCCCACCGAUAAAACCUGGAAGAACACUUCAGCGUAAUAGAAUAAUAGACUCAUCUGAUGACGAGCCAUCACAGAUUCAAUCUAAAAAAGAGACACAGCCCUGCAAAAUAAGUGAUUCAUCUGAUGAAGAGAAGAGAGACUCGCUGGCACAUGACUACAGUUCUUUUGCCGGCCCAAUCAGUAUGUUGAAAGGACCAGCUUCCAAAAAAAUGCCCCCUGGCUUUAUGUCUAGUACUGUUGUCGCUCCGGAUGUCGCAGAUAAUAUCAGCGAAGAUGACAGCCCUUCUUCAACCUCAAUUCCGAACAGCUCGAAAAAAUAUUCAUCAGAAAAAUCACCCUUCCAAUCUCCAGCAUCACCUGCCAAGUCUGAAAAUGACUCUUCCAAGAAAUCAUCUUUUGCGAGUGCUGCGUCAAGUUUCAAUGAAACCCCUGGCGUGCCCCCACCCAAUAACUCCCCAUCUGAAGUCGUCAAAAAACCUUCCCCACUAUCGAACUACAGAAUUCCAAAACUCCCCUCUGCUAAAACAUCACCCACUGCAAAUGAUGCGAAGCCAGAAUCAACGCCCAGUUCUACGUUUGGUACAAAACCAAACAUAUUAAAAACACAUUCCGAACGAAAACCGACUAUUGGCUCGCAGUUUUCAUCAUCAAUCAAUUCCAACUUCAAACAUCUCACAUCAAGAACUUCACCCAGUAAUAGCACUGGAAACUCAACAUCAACUUUUGCUGUGCCAAACUUAGCAAAUCUGAAAAUUUCAGAACCGAAGUCACUCUCUAAACCAUCCGACAGUUCAACAGCACGGUCAACACUAUCCCAGUCUUCCUCCAGUCUCUCUGGUUCUUCAUCCUUCCAAUCAGUAUCCUCAGGGUAUAGUGCUAGCGGAAUUCAAAAUUCAAGCUCUAACAGUUCUAUCAAGCAACAAGGUAAAGUCAAGGAAAUACCAAUCUGGAAUGCUAAAAUGCCAUCUGCUGGUUUCAACUUAAAUGAGAUGGGGAAAAAAGCUCUUGAAACACACAGAGUUCAGCAAUCAUUAACGAUGGACUGCCUCCGUAGAAUUCACAAGAGUAUGAGCACUAUGCCUGACGAAUCAGUGUUGAUGUCGGAUCCAAAAACACUGAAAAGUGAUGUUGAACUGAUGCCCCACCAGAAACACGCUCUUGCAUGGCUUCUCUGGCGCGAAAGUCAAAAACCUCACGGUGGAAUUUUAGCGGAUGAUAUGGGUCUCGGAAAAACUUUGACAAUGAUAUCCCUAAUUUUGAAAAAUCAAGAGAUCAAGGAAGAAGCCGAGGAAAAUGGACAAAAAUCUAGCAGCACGGAAGACAGUGAUGGUGAAGACUGGGCAAGUUCUGGAUCUCGACCUAAAAAAUAUCCUGGUGGCACUUUGGUCAUAGCACCAGCAUCACUCCUAAGUCAGUGGGAAGGAGAGGUCAAGAAAAGAGUCAAGUCAAAUGUUUUGAACGUUCUUAUUCAUCAUGGCGCCAAAAGGGAGGAGAAAGCUAGAAGGUUAGCCAGAUACGAUAUGGUGGUAACAACUUAUGGGACUGUUACAUCGGAAGGCAAGAAAAUGGAAGAUAGCGCCAUGUACAAAAUUGCCUGGGAUAGGAUCAUCAUUGAUGAGGCACACACAAUCCGAAAUCCAAAAACUGUUGGCUCCAUUGCUGUCUGUAAUCUGACAGCUAGAAACCGAUGGGCUCUGACUGGAACCCCCAUUCACAACAAGCAGCUCGAUAUGUACGGUCUUCUGAAAUUUCUCCGUUGUAAACCCUUCGAUGACUUGGCCGUAUGGAAAAGGUGGGUAGACAACCGUGAUGCCGCUGGUACUAAACGUUUGAACACUGUCGUAAAAAGUAUCUUACUUAGAAGGACAAAAGAGCAGCUACUCACAUCAGGAGCAAACAAGCUCCCACCUAAAAACUACAAAAAGAUCGAGGUGGCAUUAGAUAACGACGAAAAAGAAGUCUACCACAAAUUAUUACUCCUAUCAAGCUCUCUAUUCCAUAAAUAUCUAGCCCAGCGAGCUGAAAAAGCAGACUUGCAGACUUACGGAAUUGUCAUGAGCAAAAAGAAACAUGUUGAUCUAGAAAAAAAUGAAGAACUUUUGAACAAGCACCCAGAAUUGGCAAAUUUAUACCAGAAAUUUACAGGAUCACAAGAUGUUAAAGCACAUCAGAUCCUGGUUUUCAUUUUACGUCUACGCCAGCUUUGCUGUCACCCGUCUUUGAUAAGUGAGAUGAUCGAUAAGGAAGCCAUCUCUGCAGAUGGGAUAGAAGAAGGAGGUCUGGAUAUUGAUUUCAUGGAUCAGUUCAAAAGGAUGUCUUUGAAACCAAAUGCUGCUGACCAAUCGGAUGAUGAUACGGAAGCUUCUUCGAAAUAUUUGACCAGCGAUCAUCCACUUUUCAGCAGAGACAGAAUUAGCUCAAAAAUUAGGAAAGUCAUAGAAAUUCUAGACGAAGAAAUUUUACCAACGGAAGAUAAAGUGGUCAUCGUCUCUCAGUGGGCAGGGUACUUAGCAAUUUUAGGAGAAGUUCUGAGGAAAAAGGGCAUCCGCUACGGUGUGUUAACUGGAGAGAUUGCCAUCCCAGACCGAGGGCCAAUUAUUGAGAAAUUCAACACUCCAGAUCGUGGGCCUAGGAUUCUUCUACUAUCCCUAACUGCUGGUGGUUGUGGUUUAAAUCUAGUCGGAGGAAACCGAUUGAUGUUGAUCGAUAUUCAUUGGAAUCCUCAGCUCGAAAAUCAAGCGUGUGAUAGAAUAUAUCGAGUCGGCCAAAAAAAAGAUGUGUUUGUCUACAGAUUCGUAGUAUCAGAUACAAUCGAAGAAGCCAUCGAGAAAAUUCAGCAAACUAAACUAAACGUCGCAGAUCAAGUUCUAACCGGAGCCAAGAAAAUCAAUGCUGCUAAACUUACCUUAGACGAUAUGAAACUUUUAUUCAAUUUGGAUCCUCUUCAAGCUCCUCAGGCUUAGAGUUUUCCAAGGAGCUCCAGGAGCUCACCCAAAUUCCUCACACAUUUCCAUUCUCGAUUUAGAACGCGUUAAGUUUGCACACGAUAAAUAGGUGAUCGUUUCCUGUGUAAAUAUUGUGUUUUACUUUCAAGUUUUCAACGUACGGCAACCUUAGCCGAUUGCAAUUUUUUAUCUUUCUCUCCAGCUCCUCGAGCCGUCACAACAUUCACAACCAUUUUUUAAUCUUGGUUUUAUAUUUUUAAAAGUUGACUAGUUCCAAUUGAUCAAAGUGAAAAGUAACACCUCCAAGAAAGGUGUUUUUGACAGGUGUUGCUGUAAAGUAAAGCUCCCAAAUACCAAAGAUAACAGUUUUCUCCGAGAAAAAUCUCAACAAUUGAUGACUCAUUUUAAAACCCGUGCUAAGUGCCAAAAAGUUGAUCUUAAGUUAUUAACAUUUUUAUCUUUAAAAACUGCAGCAAAACAAACAACACGAUAGCGUGGUUGUUUCUGCUAGAUAUAGCAGACAGCAUAUGCACUACUGAAGUGUUCAUGGCACUUAAUAUCAACUUUUAGGUUUAACUUAAUUUUUCCUCUUCUGCCUUUUAGCACAGAUUUUAAAGUAAGUCUUUAAUUUUCAAUUUUCUUGUAACAAAGCCUGAAUUCAUGCUACAAAAUUUGAGGAUUACGAAUUUUUAAAACUGGCACGAUAGGUGCAUUUUCAUUUUGUUUUUUGCAUCAAAAAUUUCUUUUGUAAGUCUUGUUUCCCUAAAUCUUGAAUUUUAGCUUUAAUACAAGAAUACUUACCGAAAUACUUAAUUGAGGAUUAUUGAAUCAUUCAAAACCGAAAACAUGAGUAUUAUGCAAUUCGCCAUUUCUUAGGAACCCUUUGUAAUAGAUUAUAAUAAUUCUCUCUCAUGUCAUCAGUGGUAUUUAGGUCAUUUUUAUUCCGAUCUCAAGGCGACCUGCAGCUUUAUUCCAGGCUAAAAUAUUUACUUAUUUACAAAAAAUUAGGGUAAAUUAAAAAAAAAAAAAACUGCUGUUCUUGACUACAUUAGCCGAAAAAUCUCAGAUAUCUGCUAAAAUUUUGGGAAAAUGAAAACUAACUCAAGUGUACUAUUAGGGGGAAAUAUUUCCACCGGAUUACCAAAUGAGUCAAAGUGCAGUUGUCACGUAGAAAAAAUGUCCCCGAUUAUACAUACAUAUCAUGGAUUCCUUUAGUCAUCAGAAAUUUUCAUAAAGGUGGACUCGAUUCCCAUUAAAAUUAGCAGUAGUGUAGACCCUGACUUGGCAAAAAUACUCCGAGGAUCCUGAAAAAGUUCUGAAAAAGUCCUGAAAUUUGUUCCCUAAAAUCUGUAGACACCCUGAAAAGGAGAGGUUGCUGGUAUUUAGUUAGAGAAAAAUAAUUUAUUGUUAAUUUGCAGAGUGAGCUUCGUGCAGGUGUCAGAAAAAAUAUGAUAAGCAGCCUGUGCUCUUGCCCUUUUGUUGCUCUUAACACAGCCAUUCAUUAUUUUUAAAAUUUACUUACUUUUGUUUUUAAUAACCAUGUAAUAUCAGCUUUUUGUUAUUCUUUUAUCAAUUUGUAUUUUUUCUGUGUCAUUAUUUUGAAAUCCCAUAUCUACUGAAAUACGUGAAAUAUUAAUUUCCUCUCUGAACUUGUUGAAGCGAAGGAUGUGCUGAUUAAAUACUCAAUGCGUCGAAAACAGUAUUGCAUAAGAGAUUGAAAGUCAAAUUUUGUCUUUAAUUAGUUCAUCAAGCUGCCAGAUAAGGCUUUAUUCAUAUUUCUGCUUCAUUUAUUUUUGAAUCCUCUGAAAAAACAUAUUGCUAGAGGUCAUUCUUUAUUUCAUUUUACAAAAGUUAUAAAUUGAAAAUGACCAUGAUUAUCAGUGAAGUCCAAGUGCAGGUUUAUCAUGUUUUACCAAGGAUUGAUUUUUAUUAUAGAAUUUUCUCAGUUGACCUCUAAAUAAACACAAUUUUUGUACAAGUCCAAUCCAAACUGUGUACAUAGUACCUAUUGCAAUUACUAGCCGUAAGUGCAGUUUAGUUUAUGAAACUACCCUUUUUACUCUUUCCUUUUUGUAAUGUACUCUUUACUAUUUUUAUAUUCAUAAUCCGGUUUUUAAUCUUUAAAGACUGAGCUUAUUAAGCAAGACAAGAUGUUUUCCAGACUUAUUUGUGCAUUUAAUUUUUUCAAGAGCAAAUGCAGUGAAUUCUUUAAGUCGAUGGCCAAAUUGUGAGCAUUCUAUAUUUUUCCGAAAAUGCUUUAACAUUUUAAUUUACUUAUAAUAGUAGGACAAGUUCCACUGUUUGUCAAAUUUUAAUGCUUCUAAUACUCAGCAGGUCAGUAUUAGACAACUAAGGUCAUGCUCUUGUUUUAUUGUCAAAUGUUUUUCCUAUGUAUUUUGCCUUGCUCAAUAAAUCAAUGUGAUAUUUUAUAA